AUGAAGUUUUUGUCGCUCUUUAGUUUCUUUUUAGCAGUCACUGCUUGCCGCAGUACUCCCUCACCCCAAAAGUCGGCCAAGAUCGACGUUCACGCUCACUUUGUUCCGGUUUUCUAUGCCAAGGCCUUGAAAGAGGCUGGACAUGUACCUGGCCCAGAUGGCAUGCCCUUUACUCCUGAAUGGGAUGCCGAGUCUCAUCUGCAAUUUAUGAAGGAAAAUAACAUUGAGAAAUCUAUUUUGUCAAUCUCAAGCCCUGGGGUCUACCUCAACUAUGGUUCCCAGGUUAAGGCCAAAUAUCCCAAGCAGUUCGGCUUUUUCGCGUCACUUCCUCUACCUGACAUCAAGGCUUCCUUGAAAGAGAUUGACUAUCUCUUCAAGCAGCUCAACCCGAAGCCCGAUGGCAUCGUCAUGAUGUCCAACUACUACGGACUGUAUCUCGGCGAUCGUGAUCUUGAGCCCAUCUACGACGCCCUCAAUGAGCUCAAUGUCACUAUCUUUGAGCACCCUACCACCCCAUGCACUCAGUUCAACAAGAUGCGGUUCGAUAUUGACAAGACCGCUCCCUCCAUCUCGCAACAACAAUGGCAGGCUCUCAACCGGCCAGUCGCCGUGCGACAAUUUGCUGCUCCUACCUUGGACUUCCCUUUCGAGACGGCGCGUACCUUUGCCGAUUUAUUUUACACGUCAAUGCCGACCAAAUUCCCCAACCUCAAGUGGAUCAUGUCCCAUGCUGGUGGUGGCCUGAUCCCAACCCUUGACCGCAUCAUUACUUACAGCGCUCUCUACCCUGGUCUCAACCUGACAGAGGCUUCUAUGAAGCAAACCCUCUCUGAGAACUUCUACUUUGACCUUGCUGGUCCUUGGCCUGUCAACUUCGCCAUUCCUGCACUGCUUCGAUGGGUUGAUUACACGAGAAUCGUUUGGGGAUCUGACACUGUCUUCACGCCCAUGUCAGAAGCUGCGAAGUAUGCUGCUGCUUUCGAUAAGGAUGUUGAAGAGGUAUUCCCGGAUCCUCGAAAGGCGAACGCUAUUCGAGCGACUAAUGCUCGAGGUCUGUUCGGCUAA